GAUGAAUGAAUGAAUCAAUGUUGUAACGAAACGGUGUGCAACUUAGCAUGUCUGCAAUAUAUGAAGCCGCCACUGCCAUCAAACCCAAAACAGCCGAGGACGAGCAAGUGUUGAAAAACCUGUGGUCGAUCCGACCGUGUUACUUAUAUAAUGAAGAGUACGAAGACUGUACAAGCAUCAAGGCCCGGUUUAAUCAAUACUUCAUACACGGCGAAUCGAUCGACUGCAAUCAGUGGAAGCGUGAUUUCGAUAGCUGUGUACGGUUUGAGAAGAAUGCAACGGAUACGAAAAGUGCACUGGAGCUAAUACAAAGCGAACAGAUGCGGCGCGAAGAACGAAUGCGUGCCCAUUACAGCAAUAACGUGUGGACGAAGCGACAGGCUCCACCGGACGAUUGGUCCAAACCACUGCCGGAACAUAUGCAAAAGGAAUACGAAAGCACGUUCCUAGCCGCAAAAGCCAAAGAACGACGCGAAGGUUCACAAACACCGGAUUCGGAGACUUCCUCCUGUGCUAUAAUGUGAACCACGCUAUCACCAACGUAAACAAAAACGGUGCAUUUCUAAUCAUCCUUUCCGAGUUGCGACAUUCGUUUGAUUGAUGGUUGAAAAAAUAUAUGUAUUUCAUAAAAUUAAAACAAUAUUGUUCGGGAUAAAAUAAUAACUUACAUACUUGCGGUUAAAUACGGCGUGCUUACAUCACUUAAACUACGUUGUCCGUUUUUACUACCGGUUGCGGUAUCGUCGUUCCGUCUGCUGUUUCCAUUCCUUGCUCAACCGGUAGGAGAUUGCGGUGCGAUUUCUUGUGUAUCACUACGUUGUAGCUUUUAUUGAA